AUCUGUGCUGGUGGUCUCUCUAUUCUUCAUUGCAAUAAAUAUCGCAAUAUGCGUAUAGAAACGUGUUAUUUCUGUUCAUCUCGGAUAUAUCCGGGACAUGGAAUUCAGUUUGUAAGGAAUGAUUGUAAGAUAUUCAAGUUCUGUCGCUCAAAAUGUCACGCAGCAUUCAAAAAGAAGAAGAAUCCUAGAAAAGUCAAAUGGACCAAAGCCUACAGAAAGACUGUUGGCAAAGAAUUGACCGUAGAUCCAUCGUUCGAAUUUGAAAAGAGGAGAAAUGUACCUGUCAAAUAUAAUAGAGAAUUAUGGAAUAAGACUGUAGAGGCAAUGAAAAAGGUAGAAACUAUCAAGCAGAAGCGACAGAAUCUACACAUUAUGCAGCGAUUACGCAAGGGAAGAGAAAUCGAAGAGGAGAAAGAUCAGAAGGAGGUGCAGCGUGAUUUAUCUCUCAUUUAUUUACCAGCCGCUGGUCUCAAACAAAGGAGAAAGCAAGAAGAGGCAGCCAAAGAACAGGAACAGAUGCAAGUAGAUGAAGAUUCCAACAAUGAACUUGAAACCGAGGCAGUGGAAGUGAAUUAGAUUGUUGUAUAUAUUUCAUCUUAAUAUCUUACACAUUAUUUCCACUGUGUUAAUAAAUUACGAGUUAUAAGUUACAAUAAUUUUAUAUAGAUACAUCAAUUUUUAACAAACUAAUGAAAUUAUGCAAAACUUUCAUAAGA